AUGAAGCUGUGGCCAGUUUUAAUGUGUUUGUGUCUGAGAGUCGUCUCAGGAACAUUUGACCACGCGUACGAGGAGCAAGGCAUCAUGGACCCGGAGGAUGUUCUCAGUGUGAGCGUUCCCCUGGAGGGGCCACAGCGCCCUCUACUGGGAGGAUCACUGGUGCUGCCGUGUUACUUUGAGGACCACACAGUUCCAGACCCAGGAGCUCCCACCAUCACGCCGCUCUCCCACCGCAUCAAGUGGAGCCUGGUCACUGAAGAAAAGGUCACGACCAUCCUGGUGGCGUUGGAGGGACGGGUGCGUAUCACAGACAGUUACCUGGACAGAGUUCAUCUGCUGGAAUAUCCCCGAACACCAACUGACGCCAGCAUCCAGAUCUCCGAGCUGCGGGCCAGUGACUCGGGGGCGUAUCGCUGUGAGGUGCAGCUCGGCGUGGAGGACGACCACGACCUCGUCCACCUGCAGGUUCAAGGCAUCGUGUUCCACUACCGAGGCAUCAGGGGGCGCUACAGCCUGACCUUUGACCAGGCGGCGGCGGCGUGCUCUCAGAACAGCGCCGUGGUGGCCUCGCCUGAACAGCUCCAAGCUGCGUUCGAUGGCGGUUUCCACCAAUGUGACGCCGGCUGGCUCUCUGAUCACACAGUCAGGUACCCGAUCCACGACCCACGUGUGCAGUGCUACGGAGACAAAGAGGGGCUGCCGGGGGUCCGGACCUACGGAGUGAGGGACCUGAACGAGACCUACGACGUGUACUGCUUCUCAGAGAAGAUGACAGGCAGAGUGUUCCACACGGCCGCAGCAGAGAAGUUCAGCUUCUCUGAGGCUGAGGCGGCCUGCUCCAAUCAGGGAGCUCAGCUGGCCACCACCGGUCAGCUCCACCUGGCCUGGCAGGGGGGGAUGGACGUGUGUAACGCCGGCUGGCUGCGGGACCAGAGCGUUCGAUACCCCAUCAACAUCCGGCGGCCGCAGUGUGGAGGAGGUCUGCUGGGAGUGAGGACCGUGUGGCUGCACGCCAACCAGACAGGGUUCCCCCGUCCGGAAGCUCGCUACGACUGCUUCUGCUACACCGAGUCUCCUGAUGACGAAGGCUCCGGCCUCACAGAGGAGGGCAGUGGCGUUCUGAGCGUAACCACGGUGACGCAGCGCCCUGAGGUGUUCUUCAGAAGGACGACCACAGAGAGCGAAGCACUGGGAGAGCUGGAGACUCAGCGACCCACCGCUGUGGAUUUCACAGAAAGUCCCACAGAGCUGCCGCUGCCUCAGCCGCCCAACGUCACCGAGCUGCUCACCGACCUGAUCGAGUCCGUCACCGCCCGGCCCGGCGUCGGAAGAGAGCUCAGCAAAGGCUUCGUGAUGCCUCCUACUGGCGUGGUCUUCCAUUACCGCUCUGCCUCCGGUCGCUAUCGGUUGACCUUCGUGGAAGCUCAGCUGGCCUGUCAGAGCGCCGGAGCCUCCAUGGCCACAGCAGAGCAGCUGCAGGCAGCGUAUGAGGCCGGAUAUCACCAGUGUGAUGCAGGAUGGUUACUGGACCAGACUGUGAGGUAUCCCAUCGUUUUCCCUCGAGAGAAGUGCGCUGGAGAUCUUGGGGAUCAACCCGGAGUUCGGUCGUACGGUCUGAGGCCUGGAGACGAGAGAUAUGAUGUUCACUGCUACGUCGAUGGGAUCAAAGGUGAGGUGUUCCAUGUGGGAUCUGCUGAGGGCUUCACCUUCGAUGAGGCUUCGUCCAGCUGUCGAGAGCAGAACGCCGUGUUGGCCUCCCCAGGAGAGCUCUACGCAGCCUGGAGGACGGGUCUGGACAGGUGCCGUGCUGGCUGGCUGCUGGAUCGGAGCGUCCGGUAUCCCAUCAACAAGCCUCGAGCCCAGUGUGGAGCCGGGAAACCUGGAGUGCACGCGGUGUACGAUGGCCCCGACCAGACUCACUUCCCUGAACACGCCAGAUUUGAUGCGUUCUGUUUCAGAGCUGAUCUUCUACUAAUUGCAAAUGAAACUGGACUGAACAUCACAGAAAUCCAGGAGGCGCUUCUGAACCUGACGUCCAUCACUGAGUUGUUGAGGCCCGCUGUUCCCUCUAUCGCCCCUCCAAUCCCUGUGGAGUCAUCAGGCUCUGGUUCGGGUUCCGCAGACGGUAGUGCCUCUGGGGGUCCCUCAGGAGACCUCUCUGGUUCUGGAGACCAGGUUACCUCUGGAGACCUCUCUGGUUCUGGAAACCAGGUUACCUCUGGAGAUCUCUCUGGUUCUGGAGACCUCUCUGGUUCUGGAGACCAGGUUACCUCUAAAGAUCCCUCUGGUUCUGGAGACCUCUCUGGUUCUGGAAACCAGGUUACCUCUGGAGAUCUCUCUGGUUCUGGAGACCUCUCUGGUUCUGGAGACCAGGUUACCUCUAAAGAUCCCUCUGGUUCUGGAGACCUCUCUGGUUCUGGAGACCAGGUUACCUCUAAAGAUCCCUCUGGUUCUGGAGACCUCUCUGGUUCUGGAAACCAGGUUACCUCUGGAGAUCUCUCUGGUUCUGGAGACCAGGUUACCUCUGGAGAUCUCUCUGGUUCAGGAGACCUCUCUGGUUCUGGAAAUCCGGUUGGCUCUGGAGACCUCUCUGGUUCUGGAGACCUCUCUGGUUCUGGAAACCAGGUUGUCUCUGGAGAUCUGGCUGGUAGCGGGAGUGCAGAGCUGCCCAGUGGAGUGUCUGGUCUUGGUAGUGCAGAUGCUUCUGGAUCAGGUCUUAGUGGAGGAGAAUCUGGGAUCGCUGUGGUUUUCUCAGGAUUUGACAGUUUGGGCUCUGGAGAGGGCUCAGUUUCAGGAGGAUUCCAAGAAGCUGGAGAGGGAAGCACAGGAAUCCUGAUGUUCCCUUCAUCUGAAGUGGGCUCUGGAGUGCUCAGUGGCAGCGGGGACCUGUCUGGAUCUGGUGCUGGAUUUGUGUUAAGCUCUGGGGAAAGUGAACAAUUCUCUGGCAUGCCAUCCGGUUUCAUCACCAGUCAGGACUUUUCUGGGUUCAGCGGUUUCCCAUCAGGAUUUUCCUCUGGAAGUGGACACUCAGGAGAGCUUUCAGGAAGUGGAGACGCUCAAAUCUCACUGAUUGAUGGUGAAUUGAUUGAUGUGUCCUCUCCGAUUACCAACAAGGAGCAUGAACUUGGUGGAGACCGGCUGGUGUUCAGUGGAUCUGGAGACAUUUCAGGUUCUGGGAUUCUCAGUGGCGAUCACAGCGGCUCUUCUUCAGGAAGUGACUCAUGGUUCUUCUCAGGCGUGACCUUGGUGGGGUCAGGGUUCACUGAGCUGUCAGUGUCAUCCUCUGGAGAGCAGGAAGCCUCUGGGUCUUUACUCUACAGCUCUGGACAAGGAAGUGGUGGACACUUGUCUGGGUUUGGUAGCUCAAGUUUCAUCUCUGGGUUCACUUCAGGAAUGUCUGCAUCAGGAAUGUCUGCAUCAGGAUGGUCUGGAUCGAAGUCCUCUACCAGCGGAGAAGGCAGUGUCACAUUUGUGUCUGGAGAUUUCCUGACAGAAGCAUCUGGAGAUGCUCUGUCUCUGGAGCUGGGACAGGGGUCUGCAGUGUACAGUGGAGAAGGAAGCUGGAGCAGCAGCGGCGACGAUACGUCCUCAGGCAGCAGCAUCUCCUCUGGACUUUCCUCUGGACUUUCCUCUGGACUUUCCUCUGGACUUUCCUCUGGACUUUCUUCAGGACUUUCCUCUGGAGAUCUUCCCCAGGCGCUGCUGCCCUCGACCUCGGGAUGGAGGUUAACAGAGAGCACAACAGGACCAGAGGAAGCUGAUGUAUCUCAGACUCACGAUGAAGUUCACGUGACCCGUGGUCCUGGCCUCGCCCCCGCAGGACUAGCUGCUCCUCCCACCGCAGAGACACAGGGCAUUGUGGGAAAAACAGCCACAGUGGAAGGUGACGUUGACCCGUGUGAUCCGAACCCCUGCGGUGACGCUGGCUGCUCGGUGGAGGGCGGAGCUGCUCUCUGCCACCAUGAGCAGCAGUGUGAGGACGGCUGGACGAAGUUCCAGGGGAACUGUUACCUGCACCUGUCUGACAGAGAGACGUGGCUGGACGCCGAGCAGCGCUGCCGGGACCGGAACGCCCACCUGGUCAGCGUCAUCACGCCAGAGGAGCAGGACUUUGUCAACUCAAACGCUCAGGACUAUCAGUGGAUCGGCCUGAAUGACAAGACGGUGGAGAAGGACUUCCGCUGGACAGACGCUUCUCCUCUGCAAUUUGAGAACUGGAGGCCGAACCAGCCGGAUAAUUACUACAACUCCGGAGAAGACUGCGUGGUGAUGAUCUGGCACGAGAGCGGCCAGUGGAACGACGUGCCGUGCAACUACCACCUGCCGUUCACCUGCAAGAAGGGUCCAGUGUCUUGUGGCGCCCCCCCGGAGGUGGACCACGCCCACAUGUUUGGAAACAGGAAGGAGGAGUAUCCUGUGAACUCCAUCAUCCGGUAUCGAUGCGACGCAGGGUUUGCACAGCGCCACCUACCGGUGGUGCACUGUAAGGCAGACGGACGGUGGGAGGAGCCUCAGGUGCAAUGUACUGACGUGAAAGCCAGAAGAAGAACCCAGCGGAGGAGCAGGAGUCCAGCAGCCGAACUCCACUGA